CUAUUGCUUUUCAUUUUCAUAAUAUUUUUAAAUUAUUAUAUUAAUAUUUAUUCCUUUGUUGCGAUCUCUAUGUUCAAUAUUUUAGCUCCACUGCACAGCUUAGAGUUUUCUUAAGCAUUGCAGAUAACCCGAAAUCUUCUCCCCUCGCCUCAAACCAUUAAAUUACAAAACAAUAGUGAGGAGUAUCCUGAAAAUGCUGUCUUGUUGUCAAUUGAGGGUGUUUUUUGGAUUCAGAGAACGGCAGCUUUGCUGUUAUUAUAAGCAAAUCAUGCAUAGAAAUAAAUUGUCAUCUUGGUCUUCAGCAUCCCUCAUCAAACCAAAAGAAUAUGGGAGGUUGCUGUCAGGUUCUGACAUUGCAAAAGAAAUCCUUCUGACCCUAAGCCAAGAAGUAGAUAAUCUGAAAAUGCAGCAUUCUGGCUUAACACCCCAGCUUGCCAUUGUUCAAGUUGGUGCAAGAGAAGAUUCAAAUGUGUAUGUGAAGAUGAAAUUAAAAGCAGCGAAGAAUAUUGGGAUCAUGGCUAAACACGUUGUCGUUCCAUCCUCUACAAAUGAGAUUGAGCUUUUGGGGAUCUUGUCUCGUCUAAACCUUGAUCCUCAUGUUCAUGGAAUUAUUGUCCAGAUGCCAUUGGACUGUGUGAACUCCAUUAAUCCUAGCCUAAUUACAGAUUCUGUGUUACCCUACAAAGAUGUUGAUGGGCUGAACUCAAGGAACCAAGGCAAGGUAGCUGUAGGUGACCUGGCUUCUGGAUUUCUCCCUUGUACUCCCAGUGGAUGCCUAGAAUUAGUUAAAAGAUCAGGCAUGGAGAUCGAAGGAAGCCAUACCGUGGUAAUCGGAAGAAGCAGGAUAGUUGGAACACCAGUUUCCGAACUAUUUAAAUGGCACGAUGCAACUGUUACGACUUGUCAUUCAAAAACUAAAAACUUGGAUGAAGUAGUUGCUAAUGCAGACAUACUUGUAGUUGCCGUUGGUCAACCCAAUUUGAUAAAGGGUGAAUGGAUAAAAAAAGGCGCAGUUGUGAUAGAUUGCGGUAUAACGUCUAUUCCCGAUGCAUCGAAAAAGUCGGGGUCUAGACUGGUGGGCGAUGUGGAUUUUGAGCAAGCUAGGAAGCGAGCCAGUUGGAUUACCCCAGUACCAGGUGGAGUUGGUCCUAUGACUGUUGUAAUGCUCAUGAAAAAUAUCGUUCUGGCUGCCGUAAAUGCCGCAAGAAUUUUAGAUGGGGAAUCUGCUCGUCGUUCGUUCUAAUGAAUAAAAAAGUAAUUAUGUGCUCUUCCCGUUUGGGCUAGCAACCUUUGUUUCUGUACGGUGAUCUCUUAUCAAAUGAUCGUGACUUGUGGAAUCCUAUUGUCAUUCACAAAAUCUUGAUGCGAGCUUUAAUAAACAAAAGCCGCAGAAAAA